UUUUGUUGUGAUCAACAAUGCAGUGUCACACCUUAUCAGCUAGAUAUAGAUGAUACUAUAUAUUACAGUGAUGUCAGUGUUAUAAUCACUGUCAGUAGUGUCAUCAACUGCGUGUUGUCUUGACCGUGUCUUGACCACGGCUCAGUGGUUCCUGUCAUCAGGGUCAUCGUGGUCCGAACAUGUAUCAACCGGCCUGACGGAACCUGCAGAAAUAUGGCGACCCCCAGAGCUGACUACAGUGGUGACCUCGGUGGUGACCUCGGUGGUGACCUCAGUGUUGACUCCAGUGUUGACCCCGAGGACAACAGGCUACAAGCCGGGGGAGAUGUAUCUACCAGUGAUAUAUAUGACUUUGUUGUGUUUUACUCAGAGAGUGACAGGGAAGAGGCAUUCAAUAUAACCAAACGGUUGGAGAGCCAGGGGAGGUUCAGGGGCUAUCUGGACGACCGUGAUGGCAAGGCGGGGGCUUCCGUCAUUCAGAAUUUAGAUUUUGCCCUUGGUAACUGCAAGGCCUAUAUCAUGCUUUUGUCCGAGUCAUUCUUCCAGUGCAACUUUCAGACAUUUGCCAUGCAUACCGGGCUACAUAAUUCUGUGUUGGAUACAUCUAUUACAAACCGACUGCUGCCUCUACUGGUUGAUAUCGACUUUAAUCGCAUGCCAGCUUCAUUAAGAAUUAUUCAAGGAAUCCCCUAUCAGGCAGAAAAUGAAUACUUUUGGGGAAAGUUGGAAAAAAGUUUGAAUCAUAUCUGCAACACCUGACAAGAGUAGUAGUAUGUGGACUGUUGAGACAUCUUGUACAUUUCGACGGAUCUUGCUGAACCAAGGCUUGAGUGUUCAUGGCAGUAUCAUGGAACUGUUCUGGGUGAACAAGACCUUCCAAAUGGCGUGCUGGUUUUCUUGGGGAAUUAGUCAGCAAAGAGCCAGAGUCACAGGAGAC